AAGCAAGAGAGCUGUCCGCUAGCGUACCCUGUAGCUAUUUCGUGGAGCACCACUGUUCCGUGCACUUUCUUAUCCGCAGAAGAGUAUAGCAAAUAAAAACGGCUAGGAAGGAAAAAAUUGCUCCAGCAUCACCGUGCAUCGACGGAGUCGCGUCUUGACCGACGGACCGGGCAGAAUCUGUGAGUGUUUCUCAGCCGCAAGCGCUGCACACCCUGUUGGAGUACUCGUACACGGACCGGCGUGCAAGUUGCCUCCAGCGUGCAAGUUGCCUCCAGCAAGAGAAGUGGGAAAGAAGGACUCGCUCGGCCGACACCGGCGAGGGCGACUUGCCGUUCGCUGCCGGAAGCAAGAGAGCCGCGUGACAGUGGCGAAGAGCAGCGAUCCGAGCGUGCGGUAGGUACGAAUACCAAGCUCCUGCAAAACUACCUGUCCAGCAGGCGGACAGGCACACGCGGGGAUCGGUCAGUGUUCGUGCGGAAUAAAAAGUACUACAGCCCAACAAGUUUCCACCCGGACACGACCGGAAAUUCUGCCGGUUCAUCAGAACAAGCGAUUGCAAAGGAAACUCAUCGCGACACUGUUAGCGAUUUCAGACACGACCGGGAGAACGGAAGAGCUGGGUCUUUCUGCAAGACGUCGUAGCCGAUUUCACCUGCUUCGCACAGCACCACGGAACAAGUUUGUUCAACCGGGCGUGGCAUACACGACUCCUGCCGCGGUGCUUCUUUCGCAGCGUCAAACGUCGUGUGAAGUAGGAACUCUACUUCCAAGGCAUUUCUGUUCAACAUCCAGACUAUUGGAAUACCAAGCCCGCACCAGCGACGACGCAGGAAGUUCUCGAACAGCUCUCCGUGCGCUGACGCGGCUGCACCGCCAGGAAACGGUGGACGAGCGCAGGGACGCUUAAUACUAUAUUGAAACCAAACCUGAUCAUCCUCUGCACGUGAACAAACAACCAAAAAUCACAACACUAUGUACACGUUCUGGACCACUCCCACGACCCAGUCCUGCCCGGGUCCCCGGGCGGCGCACAGCUGCGAUGUGAUCGACAUGAAGUUGUACGUGUUUGGCGGUUGGAACGGGAAAAAAGCGCUCAACGAUCUGAACAUCCUGUCCGUCUCCAGUAACCUCUGGACGGAGGUUCUCCCAAACGCCGAUGCGCCGUCCGCGAGAAAUAACCACUCAACAUAUCCUGUGUAAAAAUGUCCCCACCCCAAUCCCCGAGCCUGCGGGACCCCGAGGGCAGAAGUCCUCAGCCCCCACAAUACGCGCAUCGCAGUAGUCUAGAUUGAUAUGUGGCCACAUUAUUCAUAUUUACGUAUUUCACCUACGUCAUUCUCUCUCUUUUAACUUCAACAAAGUUCAAAACUUCUCUGUGCUUUAAUUUUGGUCUUUUCCAGUACAUAAAACACCCCAUAGUUAAGUUGGGAUCUCUGCAACACAGAUCCAGGAGUUUUGGACGCCACGCAUGACAAGUUGCAGCCCGUAGUGUAGUGCAGGUUAGCAAGGACAGCCGUAUUACAAAUCGAGAUGCGUAUCCUGUUUACAGCAUUACAAAUUCCACCAAGACACGACUGGAAAUGCCCAUCAUCGGGAUGCGCAUCACAAAUGUUCUUGUCAUUGCAAAUCUGCAUGACAACUCCGGGGUGGGGAUGUUUUUACAUAGGAUACAACAGCGGUUGUAGACCAGAAAUUGAUGGUGCACGGAGGGCACGACGGCAACAAGUGGCUGGCAGACAUGUACGAUUUAGCAAUAGUGGAUUUAUUGUUUCGAUUUGCUGCGAUGUUGGCGUGUGGAUUUUUUCGGAGGUGCGUUUAGGUGUCAUCAUGCGCGUCGUAGCUACUGAAAGAAAAAGAAAUGCAUCAUGCACCCAUUUCUAUCAGGUACGUUCUGGACACGAAUGUAGACGGCAUGUACGAGAAGCUCAGGUGGCAAAAAGCGAACACCAGCGGGCAACCACCGGCAGCGCGCGCUUGUCACACUUUGACAAGACUAGGCUGGAAGCUUUACAUGUUUGGCGGGUAAUUGAUGUGAUUUUUGCAAGUACCGUUUUAUUUUUACUGCAGUUCGAUAAUGUAUUGACAGAACGAGAAAGAUCAGGCUGUGAUCAUUCCCGUUUUGCAAUACGAUAAUAAAAUGAAAUCUAAUCAGGUACGACGGGAGCAAGUGUUUCAAUGACAUGGACAUUUUGGAUCUAGAAACCAUGACCUGGAUGCACCCAACACUAGCUGGAACCCUCCCGCAAGCAAGGAACGCGCACACGAUGACAGUAAUGUGCAGGCUUUUCUAGACCUCAAAUCCGAGUACCACUUGAAGUUUUGCCAUGCAGUAUAGAAUGCGCCAAAAUAUUUUGCAUGAUAUUCGCUUUUUUUCCCAUGACGCGGCGAGAAAAGCAGAACGACAUGCAAAUGAAACCGCUCCCUUGUCGCAACAUACAGGUAAUCGGCGUGCACCUGUACCUGUUUGGUGGUCACUCCGGUAACAAGCAUCUAACCGAUCUCCACAUCUUCGACACCACCAAGCUCCAGUGGUCGCAGCCCGAAAUCUAUCAAGAAGAAAAAUCUCCCCUCCCCAUAUCGAAAUGGAAAUUUGUGAUGCGGAAUUUGUGUAUACAAACUUGCAGUAGAGGACUGCAGCCAGAUACAGAACCUGAGUCGGAGCGUUUUGGUGUAGGCACCUAGCAAGGCAGGCGCAUUCGCUGCAGGCCAUACAGCAUUACAAAUUGCCUGCAUAACGCGGCGGGGUUUUUUGGUUUGCCGUCUUGCAAUACAGAGACGAUUUGUGGCCACAAAUCAGCAUCACAAAUCUCCACAAGUGUCCCGCUUUGGUAUGGGGAGGGGGGAUUUUUCCUCACAAUAAAAUCCUGGGCACCCCGCCCCCGGGCCUGCGGGGCCACACCGCCACGCUGAUUGGGCACAAGAUCUUGCUCUUCGGCGGCUACGACGGGAAGGUAUCAAAUGCAAAAAUGUCUGGGUCUGGAAGGUUGGAACUUGUCAUGCUAACUUUGUACUCUAAAAAGCUUUGUAUUGCAUGACCAGCAAGAGGAGUCGAGUUUGUGCUACGCGCGGAGGGCAUUUGUCAUGCGGAGCAGGCAUCAGGAAACCCUCUAAAAAUCUGUGAUGCUAGGUCGUGCAUUGCAGACAUCAUGGGUCGUGCAAAAUAUGCAUGACAAACCCUGCAACAUUCCAGACCCAGACACUUUUGCAUUUGAUAGAAGGGCAGGACAAACGAACUCUACAUCCUCGACGCCCAGGAGCGGAAAUGGCUGCGGCCCACCUGGCCGUCCGAAUCGCCGCAGACCCCACCGUAUCCAUAAUUGCACAAGUACCGUACAUCAACUUCUCGUGGUGGUAGCAAUUUUCAUGCAAGUUGUGACAGAUUUUCCAUUUCCAAAGCUGAAUCCGCAUGACAAAGAACUUCAUUUGGUGUCAACAUGCUGAGCCAACUUGUAUUGCAUGCAAUUACUACUAGUAGUCGUGCGCUACUUCUGCAAUCCAUACGCCGGGCCGACAGCGACACAGCGCGAGUUUGAUCGGAUCGAAGCGGAUUUACAUCUUUGGUGGGUUCGACGGAAACAGGUGGCUUCAGGAUCAUAUGGAUUGCAAAAGUAUGUUGCAUUUGGUAGUCAUUGCAUGAUCUUCACAGAGCUGCUCAGCGUGACUAAUGAGAAGUUUCUCAUGCCAGUCUGGCCUGAAAUGGACUACACUUGUCAUGCAUGGUUCCCAUUGGUACUCGACGAGUGCGAUACUUUUGCACGGGAUAAACCUGCACGUUUUGGACGUUGGCAGAAUGGAGGAGAACGAUUUGGAAACAACCAGCGUGCACACCCUGAUACAAAAUCUGAAAGGGGUACUGAAUAAUAUAGGCGGUUGAGUACUAUGUUUGUCAGAAAAUCAUUAUUGUCAUGCGCGCACAUCAUGUGGCAAGAAAUGCGGGAAUGCAAAAAAUAUGCGAAACUCGAGAAAAAAAUGAAAAUUCCACAGCUUCUCAACAAUCCGGAGUUUUCUGACGUGACUUUCACGGUGCAGGGAAGAAAAAUCUACGCGCACCGAGCCAUCUUGAUCGCACAGUGUCCGCACUUCAAGGCGCUAUUCAGUGCAGGGAUGAAAGAAAGUACUUCAAGUACUUUUUCUCUUGGCUUUACGUGCAAGAACCUCAUGUGCAAGUAGAAAGAAGAAACAAAUGAACACUGGAAAUGCAGGUUUUUGUCAUGCAUUGCUCGCUUUUUGUCUUUUCUUUGCAAAUUGAAAAGACAGCUGCCAACAUCAAUUCCCAAGGUAUCGAGAAGGAGAUAAUAAUAGAAGGCUGGGGCGAAGUGGCGUUUCUAGCUUUGUUGGAGUGGAUUUACACGGGCAGAGUACCGCAAGACCUCCCAGUGCACCACAUGACAGAAGUGCUCGGAUUGGCAGAUCAGUAUUGCUAUAUUGAUUUUUUUAUCCUAAGCAUUUGGUGUAAAAUUUCAAUUUGUACAUGAUGGAAGUACUGCUGAUGAUUCGAAGCGAAAGAUAGAUGUUCCGAUUUUAUCGCGCAAUCGCCUGUCACCGGUGACCGGUAGGAGAAGUUCUCCUACUGCCUCAAAUUUCUUUCCAUGACAGGGGGUCACACGUUUUAUUGCCCCAAACCAAGAGUACGUGGGAGACCAGAAAGAUUGACAGCGUAGAACAAACUCAAAAAAGCGGCCGGUUCUACUGCAGUUACCACUUUUUACACAUAAUUACGCGGGUGUAAACUGAGUCGGUCGAGGCUCGCGUGAUUGUUUCGUAGUGGCUCUCUGUUGCGCUGUCGUGCCGACAGUAUCUUUUUGUAAAGAUGUGCCACUUCUUGAUUGAAUGCACGUGGCAAGAAAUUAGAACCGAGAUGAUCCUGUUGCUGGAUGGAUGUUCUGAUACGUCCACAAUGAUUUUUGAUCCCAGGUACACCCUGGAUUCGUUGCAGCACGUGUGCUAUGCAUUGCAAAUAUGUCUGGGUCUGGAAAGAUGCAACUUGUGACGCUACCUCUGGACUCUACAUGAAAUCUGUAUUGCAUGAACAACAAAAGAGGCGCAAUUUGUGCCACGCGGAGAGGGCAUUUCUCAUGCGGCAUGAGCAUUAGACAGCUCGCGCAGAAUCUCUGAUGCUAGGGCAUGCAUCACAGACCUCAUGGGUCACGCAAAAUCUGCAUGACAAACUCCUGCAUUCUUCCCGGCCCAGACAUAUUUGCAUUUGAUAUGUGCGAGAACAUUUUGAUCCACGAUGUCGAGAUCGACAAUUGCUGCCACUUGCUGAAGAUUGCCGACCGCCACAUGGCGCGAAAUUUGAAGAAGCACUGCAUGAGCUAUCUACUGAAGCACUUUGAAGCGGUCGCGAAAACCAGCACGUUUGAAGAGUUGUCCAGCGUGCCCUCCUUGCUCUUAGAAGUGACCCGAGCCGCGGCGCAGCAGCAGGGACCAAGGAGCACGCUGAACAUGGCCGGCGGGGAGAGCGGAAACUCGUAGGGAGUUGUUACUCAUUCCUGCAGCGGUGCAGGAUUACAAGAAGAACUCCCUCGCGCACCGUGUGCGCCGUGUAGUUGUGUGUGUGUGGAGAGGAGAAGUUGUUUGUGGAAUUAUUCCAACUCUGGAGACGAGGGAGGAUACCGGCUCCUUCGAUUUGGAAAUCACCAUAAGACAACGAGCGUCCGAAUUGUACGAAAAACUGAUUCGACGCCAGUACUAGCCAGUAUGUAAAUUUGCAACAUGAGGAUUUCAGCACCAAGCACCUCCUGUGUGAAGACAGGUAGAAGAUCUUCUGGAUUUGCACGAGGAAAGUACUACUCCAGUAAUCUUUCAGCUACGAAAUUUAUCUUAUACGAGCAUCUCUUGAUUGCAUUUUUAGCGAUUUGUUUAACGAAAGGUCCGUUUCAUCACGACGGCGGCCCGAAGUAGAGCCGCGAACGGAUAAUUUUUGAAAUGUUGUUGAUAAGUAGUACACGACCUACUAUGUACCAACGCCCGCACAGAACGCCUUGAAUUAAAACUGUACGAAAACCUCCAUUUGUGUGCUGCAUCCUUGUUGAUAUUACACUGCAGAUUUGUCUGUUGUGCUUCUUUUGAGAAUGCAAACGUCGUGCGAAAUGUAGAAAAUGGAAAUGUAGAAUCCGCAAAUGCAGCAU